GGCUGCCGGGGAUGGGAAGCCAGUGGUUAGGAAAGCAGCGCGGCAAGGGCGGGCCGGAGGACGGGGGCCAAGGCAGCUGGAGCUCCACCCGCCAGACGCAGGAAGAGCACAAGCGGUGGCUUUGUGUCGAUCCGUCCAGAAGGGCCUCUCGUUCCUGGAAAGACGGAGCCUGCUGUCUGCCCUCCUGCACCAAAAGCUGAAGCAUUUUUAAUCGGGACAAGCAAAGGCAGCUGGCUCCCCUCCGCGCAGAUGGAUUUCAUCGCUGGAGCCAUUGGAGGUGGUGUUAGUGCUGCAGUUGGAUAUCCAUUGGACACAGUCAAGGUGAGGAUUCAGACUCAGACAAGUUAUCGUGGAAUAUGGCAUUGUAUCAGAGACACAUACAGAACUGAAAAAGUGCCAGGUUUCUACCGAGGGGUGUCGAUGACUGUCAUAACUGCAUCGUUUAUUACAUCGUUCUCCUUUGGCAUCUACAAAAACAUCCUUUAUAACAUCUGCAGAUUUCGAUAUGGCUCUGCAGACAGAAAGCCCUCAAAGGCAGAUGUGUCUUUCGCGGCAGCUGCUACUGGUGCAAUCCGGGUUGUGCUAAUAUCGCCUGCAGAGUUGGCCAAAGUGAGACUACAGAUCCAGAAAGACCCUUAUCCCUUGGCUAUUCCACCCCACCUCCUGAUGUCAAAGCCUAAGUACCAAGGAGCUGUGCACUGCUUGCGGACCAUCGUGAAGGAGGAAGGUUUCAGGGGCCUAUACAAGGGGUCUUUGGCUCUGAUGUGGAGAGACUGCUGCUCAUCUGUCGUCUAUUUCCUCACCUACAAUGUCCUGUGCGACUGGCUUACUCCAGCGGGCAAAGACAGAGCAGACUUAUGGGCUGUGCUUCUUUCCGGAGGCUGCGCUGGAGUCCUGGCCUGGGGCGCGGCUACCCCGAUGGAUGUCAUCAAAUCCCGUAUGCAGGUGGAUGGCGAGGGCCUGCGCAGAUACUCCGGAUUAGUACACUGCAUGAGGGACAGCAUAAGAGAAGAGGGGGUGAGAGUCCUCUUCAAAGGCCUCGGACUAAACUCCAUCCGCGCUUUCCCUGCAAAUAUGAUGGUGUUCUUUACUUACGAAGGUGUGCUUAGGCUUGGCGAACGCUGGAUGAAUUAAAGGGCGCAUCGCAGCCUUCGGUAGCUGGCAUCCUCUAGAGCAGGGCUGGGGGAACCUUUGCCAUCAGAGGGCCACAUACAAAUGGGUGGGACAACGAAUGCUAAAUUCUUCUUUGUACAGUAGGGUAGUUUCUACACACAGUUGUGCACCCCUCUCUAUCUUCCAUCCAGGCAUUCAAGGGGCAUUAUUAUAAUAAAAGGACACAUUCCAGCCAGG